AUGUCUGCACAGGGGAAUCCCACUGUUGAUGCUCCCACCGAAGGGUUUACCCAACUGACCGAGCUGAUGCGAUACACGUUGGACGAUGGGUCGCAGCAUAUCAUCGCGCUGAUUGAGGGCACCGCGGAUCCCCUGUCCCGCCGCGAAGACAUCAGCAACGCGAGCAGAUCCCGCAUUGCUCUCGCCACCAAAUAUGGCGCCAUCUGUUCUAUGGUGUUGUUCCUCUUGGGACAUGAUCCCGAGGCGCCCUUGACGUCGGUCGAGGUCUGUACCAUCUCCACGGGUGAACAUAUUCCAGAGUGGAAGACGGUCCCAAACAGGACAGGCGAGAACAGGGUCAAGAAACAUUCCGAGCGCGUCGAUCGCACAGAGAGCGUCCGUGAGCCGACCAUGCCUCACUCGGACCGGUCUGAUGACUCUCGCCGGCGUGGCGGGCUCGGAUCUCGACAGCACCGAUCCCGGCAGCAUCGGCACGGGCCAUACGAUCGGGACUACGAGCGAACGAGGCCCCGACAGCUCGAUGCAAGCGAACAAGGGGGUUCCCGCAAUGCGACUGAGGCCAUGGAGGCUGACACUUCAUGCGGCGGUGAUGAUGAUGAUGAGGCCGCUCGCGCCUGA